GCCGCUGCUCACCCCGCUCUGCAACGGGGUGAUCAACUCCUAUGAGGACAAGAGCAACGACUUCGUCUGCCCUAUCUGUUUUGAUAUGAUUGAAGAAGCCUACAUGACGAAAUGUGGACACAGCUUCUGCUAUAAAUGUAUUCACCAGAGCUUGGAGGACAAUAACAGGUGUCCCAAAUGCAACUAUGUUGUGGACAACAUAGAUCAUCUGUAUCCCAACUUCUUAGUCAAUGAACUUAUUCUUAAACAGAAGCAAAGAUCUGAGGAGAAAAGACUCAAACUGGACCAUUCAGUGAGUAGCACCAAUGGCCAUAGGUGGCAGAUAAUUCAAGAUUUGUUGGGAACUGAUCAAGACAAUCUUGACUUGGCCAAUGUCAACCUGAUGCUGGAGCUGCUGGUGCAAAAGAAGAAGCAAUUAGAAGCAGAGUCCCAUGCUGCCCAAUUGCAGAUCCUUAUGGAAUUUCUCAAAGUUGCCAGGAGAAACAAACGAGAGCAACUGGAGCAGAUCCAGAAGGAGCUAAGUGUUCUGGAAGAAGAUAUUAAACGAGUAGAGGAAAUGAGUGGCUUGUACUCCCCAGUCAGUGAAGACAGUACAGUGCCGCAGUUCGAGGCUCCCUCACCUUCACACAGUAGUAUUAUUGACUCCACGGAGUAUAGCCAGCCUCCAGGCUUCAGCGGCAGUUCUCAGACCAAAAAGCAGCCGUGGUAUAACAGCACGCUAGCCUCACGACGCAAGCGGCUCACAGCUCAUUUUGAGGACCUAGAGCAGUGCUAUUUUUCCACCAGGAUGACACGUGUCUCAGAUGACAGCAGAACCACAAGCCAGCUGGAUGAGUUUCAGGAGUGUCUAUCCAAGUUCACACGCUACAAUUCUGUCCGACCCCUGGCAACGCUGUCUUACGCUAGUGACCUCUAUAAUGGCUCCAGCAUAGUAUCCAGUAUUGAGUUCGACCGAGACUGUGACUACUUUGCCAUCGCUGGAGUGACAAAGAAGAUUAAAGUCUAUGAGUAUGGUACAGUCAUUCAGGACGCAGUGGAUAUUCACUACCCUGAGAAUGAAAUGACCUGUAAUUCCAAAAUCAGCUGUAUCAGCUGGAGUAGUUAUCACAAGAACCUGCUAGCCAGCAGUGACUAUGAAGGCACCGUCAUCCUUUGGGAUGGAUUCACGGGACAAAGAUCCAAGGUCUACCAGGAGCAUGAGAAAAGGUGCUGGAGUGUUGACUUUAACUUGAUGGACCCAAAGCUAUUGGCUUCAGGCUCUGAUGAUGCCAAAGUGAAGCUGUGGUCUACCAACUUGGACAACUCGGUAGCAAGCAUCGAGGCCAAGGCUAACGUGUGUUGUGUCAAAUUCAGCCCCUCCUCUAGGUAUCACCUAGCUUUUGGCUGUGCAGAUCACUGUGUUCACUACUACGAUCUUCGCAACACUAAGCAGCCAAUCAUGGUGUUCAAAGGGCAUCGCAAGGCAGUCUCCUACGCAAAAUUUGUGAGCGGGGAAGAAAUCGUCUCUGCGUCAACAGACAGUCAGCUGAAGCUGUGGAAUGUAGGGAAGCCUCACUGCUUGCGCUCCUUCAAGGGUCACAUCAACGAGAAGAAUUUCGUAGGGCUCGCAUCCAAUGGAGACUACAUUGCCUGUGGAAGCGAAAAUAAUUCCCUUUACCUAUACUAUAAGGGCCUCUCAAAGACACUGCUGACGUUCAAGUUUGAUACAGUCAAAAGUGUCCUGGACAAGGACCGGAAAGAAGAUGACACAAAUGAGUUUGUGAGUGCUGUAUGCUGGAGGGCACUACCAGAUGGGCUUUUACUUCCUCCUGAGCCAAAGUCAAGCUGUGCCAGCAUCCCUUGCCAGAACCCGUCUUUUUUCUUCCCUCUGCGUUGGUUUUCCUUCACUCAUGAAGAUGCAGGGACCUUUUUGCUAGAGUUGUCACCUUUCCAACCAUAG